GUUGUGCAUGAAUCCACAAAGGAGCCAAAGUGGUGGCAUGAGCAGGAUAAGUCACACCUCACACUCCUGACCCCGACUAAAUAUGACUAUUGUUCAGCUCCCUCACGGGUUGGAGUGUUUGGCUACCCAGCUGGCGCCAAGGAUUACCAAGUGGUCCAAGGUGCGUCAGCGUGAGGCUAUAAAAGCUCCUGGUGCAUCCCUCGGGUGCUCAGUCUUGACCCACGCUGACAAGCAGGAGCAGUGACGGCUGAACUCAAAGCUCUCAUUUCUCAUUUCCUCGUCUUACUUUUUGGAGGGUGAAUCCACACAUUUGAAGAAGCAUGUCGGUGGUGAGCUCAGUGUCUUUCCUCAAGCCGCUUCACAUGCGCUCCCCGGUGGCGCAGGGACGUCGCCACACGCUGCCGGCCAGCGAGUUCCGCUCGCUCAGCCCCGAGGACGCCAUCAGCGUCUUUGAGAUCGAGAGAGAAGCGUUCAUCUCCGUGUCCGGCGAGUGUCCUCUCCUGCUGGACGAAGUGCGUCACUUCCUGACUUUGUGUCCCGAGCUGUCUCUGGGUUGGUUCGAGGAAGGUCGCCUGGUGGCCUUCGUCAUCGGAUCACUGUGGGACCAGGAGAAGCUGACCAUGGACGCCCUGACGCUCCACAAGCCGCACGGCAUGACGGUCCACAUCCACGUGCUGGCGGUGCACCGCACCUUCCGGCAGCAGGGCAAAGGCUCCAUCCUGAUGUGGCGCUACCUGCAGUACCUGCGCUGCCUGCCCUACGUCCGCCGGGCCGUCCUCAUGUGCGAGGACUUCCUGGUGCCCUUCUACCAGAAGUCCGGCUUCAAGUCCCAGGGCCCCAGCCAGAUCUCCGUGGGGCCCCUGGCCUUCGUGGAGAUGUGCUACCCGGUCCGAGGACACGCCUUCAUGCGGCGGAACAGCGGGUGCUGAAGGGGACCAGACCAGGAGUCCCACGGACUAGACCGAGGGACACUUUUGAGGUGAAGGUCCUGACCUCCUCAGUGACAGUGACACACCUGAAGACUGGACACACCUUCUCUCUCACGCCCAACAUCACUGACCUCUGACCUCUUGUACAACAGGGGUGUCCAAACUUUUUCCACCGAGGGCUGCACACGGAAAAAUGAAAACAUGCGAGGACAUUUUCAUAUUUUUAAAACAACACAAAAUAUAACAUGUUUUAACCUUUAAGGCUCCCCUCAGAUCAUCUGUUGCUAAAAAUGUGGAUUUUUUCUAAUAUAAAACCUAAAUAUACAAUAUAAAAUCUAAUAUAACUCCUACAGUAAAUAUAACUCUUACAAUAAAUGUAAUAUAACUCCUACAGUAAAUCUGAUAUAACUCUUACAGUAAAUCUAAUAUAACUCUUACAGUAAAUCCCAACAAUAUAUUAUAUAUUUGAAGUUAAGUAAUUGGAGCUUUAAUUAGGUUAAUUAAUGCCAUUUAUUUAGAUUUAUUAUUAUUUUUGGAGCAAUUAGUUUAAAAAAAAGAAGUAAUCCCACUAAAGUUCCUGGGGAUCCAUAAGAUGAUUAUAAAAGUCUUUAAAAUAAGUUAUUCCUUUUAAAAAAAAAAAAAAAUUUAACACUUAAAUUUCUAGAUCAAUUUCAGAUCAAUUUGUCGAUUAGAAGUUUUUAUAAUUUUUUUGUUUGUUUUAUGCCCUUUUUGUCAAGGAAAACUGUUGUUUUUGUAUAAUAGCAAACACCUUGACGUGAAUAACAAGCCUUGACUUGGUCAAUAUUUCAUAAUAGCGACCCCGAAGGGAGUAAGCGGUAGAAAAUGGAUGGAUGGAUGGAUUUUGAUUGAUUAUUAUUUUUUGGAGGAAUAACAAAAGAAACGGGAAAAGAAAAGAAAACAGUUUGCUUAUAUUCCACUUUUUCAAAAUGUAUUUUUAAGCACGUGUGAGCAGGAAUGUGGGAGUGCUCCUUCCAACAUUGACUGUGGCCCUUGGUGUGGCUCCUACUGGAAGUCUUGAAUCAAGACUCAUGUACAUACUGUAUAUUAUUACUCAAUGUUUGCAUUCUGCAGGGAAUAAAGGAUUUAUUUUCUAGCUUC